UGUCUCGUAUAACGACGCUCUUCUGCUGCAAACAGUUCAGUUUAUGUGACUGCAGAGGCGGCGGUGAUUUCACCUGUUUAUUUUAGGAAAAGAAAUGUGUAAAAACAGCUCAGGGGAAUCCAGGGCAUGAGGAAAGCUCCUGGGCGUUACUGACUGAUGGGUGUGGACAGAGACGUUUCCCAUCCAUCUGAAUGUGCAUCUGCAGGAGAACUGAGACUUAAAGACAAUCAACAUGGACCCGUCCAACGAGAAGCACUUUACGGCUGUAGACUAUGUCAUAUUUGCGGUGUUGCUCGCCGCCUCUAUAGGCAUCGGGCUGUACCACGCUCUAUCAGGUGGCCGUCAGCGCACCACACAGGAGUUCCUGAUGGCGGACCGGAGCAUGAGCUGUAUUCCUAUCUCGCUGUCGCUCAUCGCCUCAUUCCAGUCUGCCGUGGCGAUCAUAGGCGUACCUGCAGAAAUCUACGCUCACGGUACUCAGUACUGGUUCAUCGGCUGUGCCUACAUCCUGGGCCUCCUCAUUCCUGCUCAUGUUUUCAUUCCUGUGUUAUACAGACUGCGGCUCUCCAGCGCUUAUCAGUAUCUUGAAAUGCGCUUCAGCAAAGCAGUGCGUGUCUGUGGAACUUUGGCCUUCAUCUUUCAGACAGUUGUCUAUAUGGGUGUUUGUAUUUAUACUCCUGCCUUUGCACUGAAUGCAGUUACUGGAUUUGAAUUAUGGGGCACGGUGCUGGCCACUGGACUAGUGUGCACAUUGUACACAACAAUAGGUGGUUUGAAGGCCGUCAUCUGGACAGACGUCUUCCAGACGGUUGUUAUGUUUGCGGGGCAGCUGGCUGUCAUCGUGGUGGGAGUUCAGCGGACGGGAGGAGUGUCUGAAGUCUGGAGGAAAGUCCAGGAAGGAAACCGCAUCUCUGCUCUCGACCUAAACCCAGAUCCUACAGAGAGACACACCUUCUGGACUCUGGCGGUUGGCGGCGUCUUCCUCAUGCUGUCGCUGUACGGAGUGAACCAGGCUCAGGUCCAAAGAUAUCUCAGCGCCCGCACUGAGAAAGAGGCGGUCAGGUCUUGCUACAUGGUUUUUCCCUCCCUGCAGUUGUCUCUGGCUCUCAGCUGUGUGAUGGGACUGGUCAUGUUCGCACGUUACUGUGGAGAGGAUCACUCUGAGAAGCUGGGCACCACUUCAAGGGAUGCGAUGGUGAUAUACUUUGUGAUGGAUAUGCUGCAAGGUCUUCCUGGACUACCUGGACUGUUUGUUGCGUGUUUGUUCAGUGCAGCUCUCAGCACCAUCUCUUCUGCUUUUAACUCUUUGGCCACUGUGACAAUGGAAGACCUCAUCAAACCACAUUUCCCCGCCAUGACGGAGGCCAGAGCAACCCUGCUGUCCAAAGCUUUAGCUAUGUCCUACGGGCUGCUGUGUCUGGCCAUGGCCUAUCUCACUCACCUCAUGGAUGAUUCAGUUCUACUGGUGGCUUUGAAGAUCUUCGGGAUGAUCGGUGGUCCUAUUCUUGGUGUGUUUUGUCUCGGGAUGUUCUUCCCGUGGGCCAACUCUGCUGGAGCGUUGGCAGGUCUGGGAACCGGUCUAAGUUUGGCUUUCUGGGUCGGCAUCGGGAGCAUCGUCACUCGUAGAUCCGGCACGAGACCACUGCCGCCCAAGUGCAGCGCCGUCCUGCUGUCAGACAACACGACUGCUGCCAUUCACACUGUACUCAGCAACAUCACCCUGAGCCGACCGUCUGGACUGAAGAGAUUUUAUUCACUGUCCUACAUGUGGUACAGCGCAUUCAGCUGCUUCACAGUCAUUCUCAUAGGCCUGAUCAUCAGCUUCCUCACAGGCCCUAUGAAAGAAGAAGAUGUGACACCAGGCACAAUCUAUCCCUUGCUAGGGAAACUGCUUUGUUUUCUACCUGAACAUCUCAAAAAGAAGCUCUGCUGCGUGACUUCUCUGGGACAAACGGUCUCAGCACAACCAAGGUCUCCACAACACAAAGAAAUCAGUGGAUCUGAAAUCCGACAAGAGGACAGAGCGUCACAGGAAGAGACGGACAAGUUUCUUCCUGAGGCUCAAACACCUUCGGUGGAGUGUGAAACAACCGUGUGAUAUCACAGUUUCAUGGCUGGCUCAAGUGUUUAACACAAAGCGCUUUGACUAAAAAAAAAUAAACAUGUAUUUUUUAGUUCUUAUCUUGUUGCCUUUGCUUUGCGAUGGAGGAAGUAAUUUGAAUUUGCACUGUUAAACGCUACAACGAGGUCAAAGCUAGACGAUGUCCAAUCCUUGAGUGCAGCUGUUUUACAGUCUGAUUUAUAUGCACUAUUUGUCAACUUCAGGUGAUUGAUCAUUGAUUCACGUUCAGAAGCUUCCUUGCAUGUGUACAUGUUUAAAAAAAA